UCUGAAAAGAAAGAAGGAUAAGCGCGCACGGCAGGCGGCGAAGUUGCCGUGAUUGAAACUGUUACUCGCCCAACUCGACUGACAAGCUUUCGCCUAAUCGAAGCCGUGCAACAUACAAACGCCGACCAAGCACACGCGGGCCAGGCAGGCCUGCAAACGACAACCAAGCACCCGCAGCUUUUUCGCUUUUGACUUUGCUUUCGGCGACACACAUCGAAUGCAAAGGGCUAUAAGGCGCACACACCGUCGACACUUCUUCCUGUAGCUUCCGCAUACCUUGCCGAGUGUUUACGCAUCUCUUCAGUUGCGAACACCUUCCACCUCAUCAUGGCGGAGUCUCAGAGCAACGAAAUGCGCAUGUACUACGAGCUCAUGUUCACGAUGAUGGAGUACCACGAAAGCGACUCAGAAGAGGACAAGGCCGAAGGAGACUCCAUCGCUCGUAUGCUCGUGACGUAUGCCAACAUCCCGCUCUUGAUUCGUAUACGAGCUUGCAUGACCCUUGCCUGCUCUUCGGAUGAUGGGUACGUCGAGUGGGCGCAAGAAUGUGUCCGUCUGGCCGAAAUCGCACAUGGAAUCGCGACAACUCCAGGCCAGGAGGCACGCAACGCGGCAUUCCCGGGCGAAGCGGAAGCGGAACUGCUUGACGAUGCUCGUCGUGUACUGCAAUGGGCAGAGGCGGAUUAUGCGGAGCUGGGAGGGUAUGCUGGGGACGAAGAGGAGGAGGAAGAUGAAGAUGAAGGUGAAGAGGAAAACGAAGUCGUAGCGGCCGAGACCAGGCGAGAGGAUGAAGUUUGAGGAGGUGAAAAGCGAAGCAUGAUGUGCAGGAGUUCAGGGCUACUCGUGUUUGUGACUUCGCCGAAAUUGAGACCCCAAGGUGCGCUGCCUUCGCAUUCGACAAGGAGACGUCGACAUGGACCUUACGAUUGUGAUGCGUCAAGACUGUAAUUGGCCUUCUUGAGAUGAUCUGAAGAUCCUACAAUGGAUGAAGCCAGGCGCGAAGCAUGUCUAGGAUGAGAAGCUCCAACUUCGGCUGACUGCACUGGCUCUGCUUGUUCGUCAACAGCAAUGCCAGAAAACCUCGCUGUAUGGGCGCCGUAGGAGAUGAAGGAUGACAGUGGACU